AUGCGUCCUCUCACAGAAGGAGAAUCCAAGACGGUCUUCGAGAAGCUCGCCAACUACACUGGAAAGUCCCUCACAAACCUUUUGACCGACACGGCGCCCGGAAAGGAUGGAAAAGCUUCGAGAUUCGUCUUCCGUGUCCAAGAAUCACGAGUCUACUACGUGCGCGAGGACAUGGCAAACCUGGCCACCUCGGUAGCAAGAGACAACCUGCUGUGCCUUGGAAAUUGCAUUGGCAAGCUGACCAAGACUGGCAAAUUCCGCCUUCACAUCACCGCUCUGGACAUCAUCGCUCCCCAUGCUCGCGCAAAGAUCUGGGUUAAGCCCAACGGAGAGAUGCCCUUCUUGUACGGUGGUCACAUUGUCAAGGCUCAUGUCGGACGCUGGAGUGAAGACUGCCCAGAGCACCAAGGUAUCAUCGUCUACUCGAUGAACGACACUCCUCUUGGCUUCGGUGUCACCGCCCGCUCUUCCGCCGAGGCAAAGCGUUUGGACCCCACCGGCAUCGUUGUAUUCAGACAGGCCGAUUGUGGCGAGUACCUCAGAGAGGAAGAUACCCUCUUCCAGUCUUGA